UUUUUUUUUUUUUUGGCAAAUUUGUGCACAUGUAUUUGGACAUAGCACAUAUGCUUGACGAUGAAGCAAAUAACAUUGUUGUUCUUCAAUCAAAUUGGGCGCUGUUAUGGUUUGUCAAGACAAGUAAUAAUUUAUUAAGAUGUCGACACAAGCAACAAUUGCAACUUAUGUUCAUACCAAGAUGCUGGCUAAAUUGUCAACGAGAGAGACAACAACAUGUUAAACCAGACUCUGAUGUUGAUAUCUACACAAAGGCUUUUCCAUCGGAAGAAGAUAAAGCAAAUGUUGUCACAUAUGGUGUUCUUAAGCACUCCCGAUCUAUUUGGUAUCAUUGCGGGUUGUAUUCAUUUCAACUGUCUGAUGAUUCAACAUACAAAAGCAGUAGGAAAAAACAACUUUGUUCGGUAUCAUAGGAUCAGAAGUAGAAUUUCGUCUCAAGGCGUCGUUUAGGCUUGCAAAUUCUAGAUUGAAGCUACUUGGGAACAACAAAGACGUGCAAGUGAAGCAAAUGAAGGGGAAACAACCCAGUAGCUUAAGUCUGGUCAAUAUCUGAUAGUUCAAUCAUACAUUCAAUUAUUUCCGAAUAGGUUAUAUGUCCAAACAUUGAUUUUCUCGGAAAAUGAUUUUUUGUACAUUGUAGCCGAACACUCUCUUACAUAAGUCUGAUGACGUAAAACAAUUAUAUGUUGUGCUAACAACGGAAGAUGAUACUCUAAAAGUCGUUAAUAAACAUAGUAUAAAGUGAUUAAAGAGCCUAUUAAAUUUUCUAUUCUGUUUUUUGAAAA